AUGGACGCCUCGACAGGGUCCUGUGGUAGCGACGCUGUGGGCCCACAUCGCUCCCGCAUGCAACGGUGUACUGUUCAGCAACGCACCAGUCGCUAUGGCUACAGUCAAGGCGAGCAACACCUCCGCAAAGGUGCUGCCAUGGUCGUCGAAUGCCAUACAGGUUCGUUCAUUGCUGCCACGCGACCGAGUCAAAGAGACAUUUCAGACGAUGCUCAAGAGCGGAACGGAUGCGAAGUUUUCCCCAUUUUGCUGAAAUGGCUUGGAGCGGCGUUUAGGCGGCGCAAGACGAGACAGUCGAGCAGAAACCGUGCACAGGCGCAGAUUUUUGUUUGUUUGAUUUCUUCUCAACGAUCUUCCCGGUCGUCCCAGCAUGUGCCACUGUGA